UAGCCAUUUUAUUGCUAAGCGUCGUCCUUUAGAGGCAAAAGCAAAACUCUCAAGGCAGGAGCAGCACCAAGCUAUUGAGAAAUGGGAAGAAUGAGUAGCAGAAUCCCCACUUCACUGCUACACACCAUUCCCAGGUCCCUCUUCUCCUCUUCUAUUUCUUCCAAUAAUCUCUCUUUCAGAACCCUCUCCACACUCCCCUCCUCCCCCCAAAACCCUUUUUCUUCAUCUUCCUUCUCUCCUCCUAUUUCUCAUUUUGUUGGCUUUCCAUUCAAACCCGCAUCCUCACUUUCUUCUUCUCCAACUCUUAGAUUCCUAAACACCAACUCCUCUGAUCAUAUUGACAGCAAAGAAGAUCACCCACAUCAGUGUAAACCUCUACAUGAAACAAGUGAAGGAGAGACCACUGAUGGAUGGGAGGAAGAGGAAGAGGAAGAGGUUGAGCCUGAGAUAGGUGAUGGAGGGGAUGGUGGUGGCAUUGUGCUGCAAAAUGUUCCCUGGGGCGAACGGGUUCUAUCUAUUGCUCGUGAGGUUCUCUUACAAUUUGGUGGUGAUAUGGAACUCUUCUCUUUCAAGACAACUCCACGAGGGUACAUAUAUGUGAGACUAGACAAACUAUCAAACAAAUAUGGGUGUCCAAGCAUGGAGGAGAUUGAAAGGUACAACCUAGAGUACAAGAAAAAACUAGAUGAAAUGGGAGCACUUGGAGAGAUACCUCACAAUUUGGCUAUUGAGGUAUCAUCGCCAGGUGCAGAACGGUUGCUAAAGGUGCCAGAUGAUCUGGAUCGAUUCAAAGACAUGCCUAUGAGAGUAAGCUAUGUAGAAGAUGUAGAAACUCAAUGCCUCGAAAAGGAUGGUGUUUUCAUGCUGGAGUCCAUCAAAACAGAAUCAGCAAAUUGUGUGUGGAAGUUGGCAAAUGUGAGGGAAAAUAGGGACCCUUUGGGCAAAGGUAGACCUUUGAGCCGUAAACAGAAGGAUUGGAGAUUGAAUCUGCCAUUUGAAAUGUUUAGGAGGGUAACUCUGUAUCUUGAAUACUGAAAGUUCAUUGCUUUGUGCUGUUAAAAUGAGAUGAUAAGAAUUUAAACCUAGCAGUAAUCUUAAAUCUUUCCAAUUUUGGGAAA